ACACACACACACACACACACACAACCACCGUCCGUGUAAUCGAGCGUCGAGCUGCGCGAUCUGCACCUCUGCAAUCAUGCACGUUUCGCGUCGGGUGAGUUUCUCGGUAAACACCGCGAAGCCGCCGCGGACACGGAGCCGCGCGUCACGGCGCACGACUUGUUAGCGCGCGAGCGCUGCUGCUGCUGUUGUUUCUAUAUAGAAAAGAACAGAAAAGAGAGAAGAAAAAAUGUCUCGCUGCGGCUUCGACUCAACGUGCAGCGCUUCGCAGACGAGCCUGGACCCCUGAGAGAGAGAGAGAGAGAGAGAGAGAGAGGGGCUGCAGAUCAUCUUAAUGCACGUCACAAGUCGGGUUGGAUGGCCAUGGACCCAUUCAACCAGCUCAUCGUCGCCAUCUCGGUGACCAGUUUCUUCACCUUCCAGUGGCUCUUCCACAAGGUCAGCCCCUGGAUGUCCACACGCAUCAGCCGCCCCGGCUUCCUCGGCCUCAGUGACAAGCAGAAGAUUGAGUGGAACUCCAGGACGGUGUCGACGUUUCACGCACUGUUGGUGGGAAUCUUCUGCCUCUACAUCUUGUUCUUCGAUGAUCCCGUCAACGAAGACCCAGUCUGGGGCGACCCUACAUGGGUGAAGACUAACGUUGCCAUCACAACAGGCUACCUCAUAUCUGAUCUGCUGCUGAUAUUUUACUAUUGGAAGGCGAUAGGCGACAAAUUUUUUGUAGUUCACCAUCUGGCAGCAUUGUAUGCUUACUACUAUGUACUGGGCGAAGGAAUGUUGCCUUAUUUUGCUAACUUCCGUCUGCUUGCUGAGUUUUCUACGCCGUGUGUGAACCAGCGCUGGUUCUUUGAGGUACUAGGUUAUCCCAAGUCCUCCCGGCCCAACAUGGCGAACGGCGUCGCCAUGGCGGUGGUCUUUUUCGUGGUCCGCAUCGCCGUCAUGCCCGUCUACUACGUCCGCAUGUACGCCGUCUACGGCACCGCCGCCUUCUACCUGGUGCCCUGGGGGGGCCGCGUGGCUUGGAUCUGCUCCAGCAUCUGCCUGGACAUCAUGAACGUCAUGUGGAUGCACAAGAUCGCCCGCGGCUGCUACAAGGUGCUGCGCUCGGCGCGCCGGAGCAAAGCCCGAGGCCCUCACGAGAACGGGAAGACGGAUUAGAGGAGACGGCGGGGAGAAAGACCACGACGGAGACGCGAAGACGUUCCGUCCCCCCCCUCGGGGGGGAGCGUUGGAGGGGAGGGCGGCGGAGAGCAGCUGGCCGACGGUGACGUCAAAGGACCGAAUGUAAGGAGGGGGAAGUCGAGUCACUUGAGUUGAACUGGCGGUCCUGGGACAUUGGACGCUUAGUCCCACCGCAAACUCUCAAAAAAAAGUUUACCGUCUGUCACAUACGGGGGGAGAAGACUUUAUUUAACCACAUAUAUAAAUAUAUAUAUAUAUUUUUAUGUAUAUUUAUCAAUACCAGGAUUACACAGGUAAUCACUCGCCCACUGCCAAACAGUAUAGAGACGUCUAUCAGACAUUGUGAGUCUCGGGUUGCAUUGAAUGGUGUAAUUAAUGUAAAGCAGGGUUGGCAGGGCCCCGCUAGGGUCCGCUAUUGAUUUUGUCGUGCUCGGGUCGAGGCAAUUGAGUUUUCAGACGUACAAACAAUUCUUAUUUUAAUGAAAAUAAUACUGUUGUACAGAAUCGCCUGAAAGGGAACCCAAAUGUCAUUGCUGUGUUUGUACGCUGGCGGUUCAAUGUUCUUAAUAAUAUCGAUACGAUAGUUUUCAUGGAAUGUGUAUAGAACUUGAAAUGGGGGGGGGGGGGGGGAAGAACAUUGUGUUAACACAGAUUAGUUGUUGACACAGUUUUGUGUCACUAAAUCAUGUGCAUGUUAGGGGGAUCAAACGGACCCGGAGUGCUGAUUUGAAAUCGGUGUCAAAGACAAACUUGUAAAUGUGAAGCAGAGCGACAAAGAGCAGCUACGUUGAAGGGAUUGUGUGUGCUGAGAGGCUUAGUGUGAAAUCUGUUACUCCUUUAGCAAAGGGUUCUUUCACACCUCCUACUUUCGACACAACAUUUUUUCACUUUACACCCGGGCCGCGUUUGACAACAAGCUGAUCGCUGCGAAGUGUGUCUUCCAGGUAGGAAUUGAACAUUUUAAUUCGGUACACGAUUCAUUUGAAACAAAUUCAUUUUUGCAGAUUUCAAGUUUGAUGUCAAAUCGAGGACAACAAUCAGUGUGUUAGGGGACAACUUUUUAGUUGUUUUAUUCACAAUAUUACAGAAAAAUCUUCCUUCUCAUGUUACAUAUCGUAAUGUGAAUCAUAAUGUGCACUUCCAUGUUUGUUCAUCAGGUUGGUAGAAGGAUUGUGGGCCCUUUUCUUUGGUGACAGGAAUGGAAUGUUUGGAAAAGGUGAAGAUUCAAACAAACAGAUUUUUUUAAAGCGUCCUACUGACAAGCUGUCAAUCAUUGUACAACACUGAACACAGGAACAAAUCGCCUCAAAGGUUUUUUUUAGACUAAUGUAGACCUCUCAUCUGUUUGAUUUAAACGUUGAAAUUCAUCAUGAUUCAAGAAUCAUGUACUUGAAUUAUCAUUUAUCUAAAUUUCCUUCUUCUCUUUUUUUUAAAUUUUUUUUUAGCUGUACAUCAAAUGUUUUGUGAAACAGGGAUUUCUAGUUCCGUAAACACGCCUUGCUAUGUUAAGCAUUUGAUUUGGUUGCCUUUUUUAAAACAACUCAUGAUUGCACACUGAAUACUUUUACAUACAAAAAAAACGUGUUCCACAACUGAUGCCUGUUUAAUGUGAUUGUUUGGCCUUUUGUUUCAAAUGUUAAACCAAGAGGUGUGUUCAGGCUGGUGGUUUUAGUGCUGUUUUAGAUUUUAAAUAUUUGCAUAUUGUGGGCCAGUGCUUAGGCCGUUACUACUCCAAAAUACCUUCUUUUUUUCCCCCCUCAUCAUACCCAUGAGAAUUUUUACACAGUGCCAACUUACAGCCAUUGUUUGAUUCUGUGCGCCCACCCACCUCUGCACGGUGUAACUAGUCACGCGAAAAGGAGGCUCAGUGUGGUUUUUGGCGAUCAAAUGGUGUUAAGUACAUUUGUCACUUGCCGUCCGAUUGCAAGCAAGUGUGUUUUGAAACAGGAUGAACUUGAGCGAAUCAUCACUACCCAGAGAGAGACUCUGAAUGUGUUUAAUAUUUCACUGGCUCAAUGGAAACCAUGCGAGGUUCUGUGUGGUGGUCUUCUUCAUGCACCCUCUAUAACUGCAUGUGGACUUGCAUGGGGAUUGUGCUGUAAACAAAAUAGCAUAUACGGUUGCAAGACAAACUUUGCUGUCUUUUCUUUUUGUUCCUAGUACAUAAUGUUUUCCUGAAACGUUAUUCUUGUACUGUGCCACAUAACGUAAUCCACAGAUGGUGAUGGCGAUAAUGGUGUGCUAAGAACAUCAUGAAGCAGAUAUUUAGUAGAAUAUGCAGCACAGAAAUAACCGGUAAAGGAAUACUUGAAUACUAAAUAAGCGUGGCCUAUAACAAUGGGCGGUGCAAAUAAACCUGAAUCCUAUGAGCAUCUUGCGUUAUAUGCGUACGAUUGUCUUUAAUUUAUUAUCCAAGGGAAGUAGAUGUGAAACAAAGUGUUUCUGUUCUGAAUGUUGUACGGGGAGAGAUGCGAGUAGGUGGAGGUUUAAGUGACAUUCUAUGAAUGUAUUGGUGAAGAAAAAAAUAUAUUUGUCUUUUUUUUUUUUUUGUUCUUUACAAUAAAUACAAAAUUAACAGAG